UUUCCAGAAGAAAAAAAGAAUCCCACUCCAGACCUUCUCUCUCCGACCGGUCCUUAACAUUCUCGCAGACAUAAUACUUAAUCUGGCUUGAUUUGAUUGCCCUCUGCUCUGCUCUUCUCUGAAUAUUCCACUCUCCUGCCUCUGAACCUCUGACUCUACUCCUACUGCCUUGCUUCUCGCCUGCGCCUGCGUCUACGCCGACACACCUCCACUGCUCACCUACACCACAUCACCUAUUGACCGACCGACCAUCUUACCUCCUUUUACCCUUCCUCUUUCUCGCCGUACAUACCUCUUCCACCGAUCGAAUAAUACCUCCCGACCAACCACCGAACAACGAGCAGCACCGGCUCCAAGCAAACGACAAUGCCUCGAAAAUCCACCAGCUCACCAGGCGACAUGGAAGACACGCAGACGCCCCUCUCCCCCUCUCUCGUCGAGCACGAUCCCUCGCCAUCUCAGCCGCCGCAGACGCAGACGCAAUCCUCGGUACAAGCGACGGAGCAGCAGUUGAAGGCGCGUGCCGAGGGCGUGAGCAUCGAGGACUACCUCCUCCCUCGCUCGCUCACCCUGCGUCUCGCAAAGUCCGUCCUCCCGCCCAACACCUCCCUCCAGAAGGACGCCGUCCUGGCCAUCCAGAAGGCGGCUACUGUGUUUGUGUCGUAUUUGUCGUCGCACGCCAACGAAGCAACCCUCAAACGCACCGUCGCGCCCUCGGACGUCUUCAGCGCGCUCUCAGAACUAGAACUCGAGGGGUUCCGCCCGCGCCUGGAAAAGGAACUCGACGCAUUCACCGACCUGAAGGCCGGGAAGAGGAAAAGUAAGAGUCAAAGUCAAGGCGGGAAAGAGGGCCCCGGGCUGGGGGGUGCGGAUUCUGGAGUUGGGGUUGUGGAAGGGAAGGAUGCGGAUAAAGAGGGAGAGAAAGAGGUGGAGAUGGAGAUGGAGGGCUCUGCUGCUGCGAGUGCAAGUGCCGUUCGGGGUGCGAAGAGGGUGAAGAGGGAUGAGAAUGGGAAUGGGGUUCGGGACGAUGAUGAUGGGGAUGAGACGCAGGAUGAGCCGGAGAAGGGAGACGAGAAUGAGACGGAAUUGGAGGAAGAGGAAGAAGACGAUGAAGAAGAAGAUGAGGACGAGGACGCCGACGACGGAAUAGAGGAAGAAGACCCAGACCGCGUGGAAGAUCUAGAUCGCGACCCGCGAGCCAAGCGGACGAUGGACCCCGACGCGGCGGGCGACGAUGAUACAGAAAGCGAGGACGAGAAUGGGCCGGGGUCGCAGCUGCGAGGGGACCUGGGACUUGGGUAGAUUGAUUGUAUGAUAUGACUGAUAAAAUUAACACUGAUAUUGACCUUGG